AUCACGCUCCCCGUUCAACAGUCUCGAAAACACUAGACCCUCACCGUUUCUGGCCUCCACGCUAGCGUUUCCUCCUUAGUUUGCUCCCCAAUCACGUGAUUUCGUCCCGGGAAUUAUUCUGGAUAGUGUUACCUUCUAAAUCUGUCAGAAAGUGGGUGGCGGUGGAGGGUGUGCUGGAGGCAUGAGGUAGGCCCGAGAUGGCCGAUGAUGUCAAGAAGGAGCAGACCACAUCCGAGAAGCUUCUCUUCUACACGACCACAUUCUUCGUUCUGCUCGGCACAUUCUCCCUGUUCGGCUUCCUCUUCCUCGUGCCCUUUGUUAUAGAGCCCGCCUUCACCACCAUCCUGAUGGAGUUCGACGAGACGCCAGCCACUUGUAUGACGGUCAGCACGGUAUCGAUGAGGGGCGUGUCCAACUGCUCAUGGACUUCCUGUCGGGAAGGCUGCACCAAGGAAGUGUACGAGUGCACCCAGAUUCGUGUCAACUAUCGGCUGUUGAAAGACGAGGACGAGGAUCAAGUGACGUCGACUAAGGAGAGCACAGUGGGGGCCCGUAGGGAACGAGCGAUUCGCGAAUCCUAUGAUUAUCAUCUGUACGAAGAUGAUGUAUUACCAAGGGGGCUAGCGGACUUUGAUCCAGUCACAACUUCUUCCACACCAAACGAUAAUUCUAGUUAUUGGUUUUUCACGGAUGCAAAGUUGUACCCGAAUGUGAAAGGCUGUGGCUAUCCGCCCAUGUUAAAUUGUUCGAUAUUUUUCAAAAAGUAUAUCACAGAGGGCACGAAUUUCUCGUGUCACUACUCGCGCGUGGACCCGGGCCUCGUGAUCAGCGAUCUGGACAUGUGGGGUGUGUAUAUGAACCUAGUGUAUGCCAUGGCCAUUCCGAUACCGUCCUUCAUAAUAUCGGUCAUCUACCUGACAGUGGCAUACUUCUACAUUUACUCAGAUGACUCUGAGCCGCCGCCGCGACGCCCCCCGCGCCGGCGCCCCCUAGGCGGGGCUAGUGACGUGGAGGUGACACCGCUGCCUGCCACGACGCCUGUGCCCCCUCCCACGUCGGGCGCCCUCACGCCAAACUCAGAGCUGUUCCGCGAGGACAUGGCCAGCUUUGGCCACCACCUCAAGGUCGCCAUGGCCGACGACAUGAGUCGCGACAGCAUGCUGCCAGACUCGCUGCCCUUCUUGUCAUCUGCCUCCAUCAAUGGAAACUUGAACAAGAUGAUGACGACAAGUAUCUUGACGCCGCCUGGGCCGAUGGCGGACGUCUGAAGCGAGCUUUCCAGGGGCUCACGGACAUCUCCUGGAGACCAAAAUAAACCACGUCCGACCACACUCGACUUGCAGACGCCCACCAACCCCACACAUCACAUCAGUCCGCUCACAAGAUCCACGUUCGGAUCCAAAGACUCGCUGCAAUAAUAGUCAUCUCACGCAUCUGACAGCAAGCUUUCAAUUGUGCUCAUUCUUGUGCUGCAGACGGCAGGCCGUAGUGAAAAAGCUUGAACUACUACUAGUUUUUGUGCUGUACUGGUAAAUUCGGGUUCCCCGGCAUUUUGUGCUGCUAGUAUUCUGAUCAAACAGGGCGCAGUAAACAUUAUAAUUUUUACAAAUUCGUGAACCAUGAAUUUCAAUACUGUACAGGAAAAUUCCGAUUUCCAAUAAUCUUGUGCUAAUCGAGCAAAUCUUGAAGGAGAAAUUGAAUGAAUACUUUCCAAGUCAUUUUCGUGCUCCAUACUCUAUAUAAUAGGAUUCUUGGAAAGAAAAACUUGAAUUCUCACAAAUUUUGUGCUGCAAAUAAGCAACUCAAUAAUAACUGAGGGAAAGCAAGUUAUCUUCGUGCUUCAGUGGAAAAACUCAAUCAACCUUAUCUUCCUAUGAGAGUGAAGAACAUUGGAAAUUGAGUUGCAAUCUCAAUGAGUGAGGAUCUUGGAAUUCUUGUUGACAGUUGACCGAGCCUGAUUUCUUGGGAAUAGCUAGGAUAUUUGAUUGAGUAGCCUUGCCUACAAACCUUAAAAUCUUCGACUUGCACUUUUCUGUUUAGUAGUUAUAAACAAGCAAAACCAAUUCCAAUUUAUUUCCAUGUAGCCUAUAAAUUCAUGCUCAAAAGAUUGCAUUUCACUACAAUAAUGUAAUACUAUUUGUGAAGCUGUAGAGACAAAAAUAGUUUAGAAGUAAUCAAGAACGUUGUGCACUGCUGCAACAACAAGCAUGCAAGAUUCAAACUUUCAUAACAUUGUGUGCACGAAACAUGUUUCAGUUAGAGAAAAUCAUAAUAGUGAACACAAUUGAGUAUCAAUCAUAAAUUAAAUAAUCAUCGACCAUCCUUCAAUUCUCCACCCAUUUGUCAUAUUCAUGCUCAAGAAUAAGCAAAAUCAUUCAAGUAGUAUAAUUAGUAAUUGCUUGUUGAUUUCUAUGAAAUUUGUUGAUUAUUAGAGUGAGAAAGAAGUAAGUUGAGGAGGAAACAUUUACAUUAGAAUUGUAAACAGAUACAGGACUUCAUAUAACAACAUUGAUCCUUUUUGUUCUGUGCUUAUCAAACGCAUGUAAUAUAUUAUUGGAAGAUCAUCCCCUCCAUAUUGAAUAGUUCUAAAACAAAAUAAUAAGCGAUCCAAUCAGAACGUAGUAAAUAAUGCUAAUACACUUGAUAAUACACUUUUAUCAAGCCAACAUUCAUUGACAACGAUGAUGAAGAAUAAUGUUUUAUUGAUUUCGGCCUGUAUCUACUGAUCUUCAGCUCCAGUACAACUUUCUUUAUAAUCAUGUGAUCAGAUUGGUUCUAGAAACAGUACAGUUGAAAAAGUUUUGGGUGUUGUUCAAAGAGUGAGUGAAAGAGAACAUUGUAGAAAAGUAUGAAGUUGAAAAACAAAGAAAAGUAUUCGUUUUUGGUGGGUAUUGACAGUGCUGAAUCAUUCACGGUAAUAAAUCUGCUCUUGAACAUUUAAUACACCGCUCUACAGGAUUUUUAUAGGUAGUCGAGCCUUAUCUACUUCUUUAAGAAGCCAUGGACGGAUGUUGGUGGGUGUUAGAGAGAAAAAAAUAAAUAUUUUUGAGAUUAGGAGACAGUGAACGAGAUAAAUAUUUGCGUUUUGUAUUAUUAUUGAAUAGAUGAUUGCAUCAUAUCUUCUAAAAGCUGCAUACUUGUGAAUAUAGCUACAGAUUUUUUAUCAUAAUUCUGCCAAUGAUGUUUAAUCUAUGGUGAUACUUUAUUAGCUUAAAAAUUAGAAGCGUCGAGCUCGUCUUGAAUCAAGAGAAUUCUAUUAAAAUGGACAAGACAAGGUGGAAAAUUGUCAUUUCAAAUAUUUGAAAAAAUCUCAAUUGAUAGGAACAAAGACAAUGAUGUUUAAUGCCAUGGUGAUACUUUAGUAUAAUAUGUGAGUAAUAUGUUCUGAUACUGCAAAGAAUCAGUUCUGGAAUAUCUUUACUUUCACAUCUUGUCAAAAAUUAUAGAUGAGCUUGACAUAGACGAGCUCAAACUUCAUGACUAAUGUCAAAAUAUAGCAAAUAUUUUAAUAGCUGAUUGUGCUCUAUUUAGGCGUACAUAGACAAGGUACGAACUAACAAUAUCAAUUCGGAUUUUAUAGCCUAAGUCCGAAAGCCGCUUCAAAUCGUCCUAACAAAGCAUUUCAAUAGGUUUUCACAAAUAGUAAGGUGAGUCGAGUUCAAUUAGAAUAAGUUAUUUGAUAAACUAUCAUUUUGUUGAAUGCAUAUUGCAAUCUUAUUGAUAUCACUGCUCAUCAUCUUUUCUAGUUUUUUUUUUCAAUCAGAAAAUGUAUUGAAGCAUAACACAUAUAAAUGAAAUAUUUGAGAGACAGUUAUUUACUGGAGCAUCAUUUUGCAUCAUUCUAACAGAAACCAGACUAUCAAGGGACCAUUGGAUAAUUUCAGACACCUGAAACCAAAUUUUUCAAAAAGUAAAGUAAAAUGAAGAGUAUGAAGGUGCUUUCUUGUGUAGUUAUUCAUGUGUAUAAAUACUCAUCAUCAUUUCGACAUUGGAUAUUGUACUGCUGCUGUUUAGAAUGAAAAUGAGUCACCUUUUUAUAAGGAUUAAAGGGGAUGUUUCACAGAGACAAGUUCUCACAGAGACAAGUAGUGUUUUUGAACGAUAUUGGUGUCACAGAGACAAGUUUCACAGGAGCAAGUAUUUCUAUAAAUGACAGUCUCACAGGAACAAGUUCCCACAGAGACAAGCAGUUUCAUAGAGACAAGGUCUCCGUCCAAAGUAGUAGCGCUAUAAAUGGUAGUCUCACAGAAGCAAGUUCUCACUGGAACAAGGUGUUUCACAGAAGCAAGGUCAGUGUCAUAGUGACAAGUUAGCGAAUGUAGGAAGAAGUUAGGCGUGUUGCCUACAUCUGAACUUGAAGGCACUUCAUUAUUUGUUCUAGUAAAUUGAAUGUCUGGUGUUUUUUAAUCAUGUAGGUAUAUGAUUAUGAUUAAAUGUUUAUCAUAUAAGAUAGGGAUGGGUUGGUAACCUAUUAGAAUGAGAUAGAAGAUAGAUAGAAUUAUGAACAUACCUUAAAUAAAUAAAUUGAGUUCUAUGCAAAUGUAAUAUAUUUCUACCAAACUCCAAGAUAACUAUUCCAAUAUAGCUAAUACGUAUAUAUUAGACCUUUAACCCGAAAGAAUAAUCAAUAUGAAUAUGAAAUGGAAUAUAUAAAAGCCAAAUAGCCUACCACUGACCUAUUCAUCGCCGCUUCUUAAAAACCACAUGGCCAAAAUGGUUUUUCAUUAUAAUUCCUUCUUUCGUAAUAAAUUGUUUAUGCUUCUGUACUCCUGAGCGAAGCUCGGUCCCCGAUAUUAUGAGCUAAUCAUCUCUUCUUUUUCCGAGCUGCGGUCUCGAAUUGUAAAUUCGAAUUGAUAUAAUAUUAACUUCAGGCAGUCACAGAGUAAAGCUGCAUUAACACCAAUAGAUUCUAUAGAUUUUAUUAGAUUAAACAUAACUUAUCAUACACAUGAUGAACAUAUGUGUUUUUCAAGUACCGUUCAAUCUAUAAUAAUCUGUGAGGAUUAAGUUAUUAACAUUUUGUUAAUAACUUUGGUGUAAACGCAGCUUUAGAUGCCAAGAUUUAUCAUGGCGUUCCGAGUUACGGAUGAUAGACUAGGUAAUGUCAAUGAAAAACUUCAUUUUCCUCAUGAAAUCUUUCCCAUGAAAAUUUUAACAGAUUGUUGUUCUACAAGCGUCUCUACAUGUUACAAAAUGAAAAUCCCAGUGAAAAACAAAAAGUGCCACUUGAUAAUUCUCAAAUCAUCUUUUUAAUCGUAGCUCUGAUUUAACUGAGCAAUAACUUUCUGAACUUACUGAGUUGAUAAAGUAACAUUAAAAAUUAUCAUAAGCGCAAUGGGACUUGGGAUUCCAUCAAUUCAGAAUAAGUAUUAUACCGGUAUUCAUUUUUACAGGAUUGAAGUAGUGCAACAUUUAGAUUAGCACACCAAUAGAUUUCAUUUGUAACGAAGUGAGAUCAUUACUUUCAUAUCAAAGUUCUACUUUUGCAUUAUGAUAUAGUAUAUUGACGACUACUGCAAAACAAUGUCUGGUAGCCCUGGUAAUGUAAUGUAAUGUAAAGGAAUGUGAUCGUAUGGCUGUGAUCGUAUUGGAAGUCUCCAACCAGCCUGAUCAGAUUUCUUAGUGGGGCCAUUGGCAAACAUUUUAAAAAAGCCCUGAUAUUAUAAUAAUGACUUUAUUCCUAGUAGAUAGCAUUUCUAGUAGAUGGCUUAAUAUUCUCGUUACCACAUUGCAAAGGAUGUUCAGUGAGGUCUACUGUUAUCUGGACUACCAGAGUAUUGUAACUCCUAAUGUCAGAUUGAGUAAGAGCUUGAAAUUUAUUCCUAUUUAGUGUACUCCAUGUUCAAUAAUCUGCCACUAUCUUAUAUUAGAAGAAACUUGCCUCUGAAUAAAUUAAAAAACGCACUAAAUCUAAUUCUGAAUGGAAAUGCUUAUUAUUCCGUAGAUUAAUUUUCAAAUUGUUGAAAAUUUGAUAUUCAGUGCUGUAAGUUUAUAAAUAGUUUAUGUUUAUUUUUCAAUGUAUGACUUAAUUUAUUCAAUUGUACUGGGUGAUGAUAAUUAUGACUUGAUAAGACUGAUUUGAUGAAUGAUUACACUAUUCAUAAGAUGACUACUAAGAUGUUAUGAAUUGAAUUGCUCAUUUAUUGUAUAACAGACUAUAAGCUGAAUUCUUUAGACAAGGCCUAAUCGCCUAAUCUACAUCCAAAUUGUUUGCAUUUAUCGGUCAAUAUAUUUCUUAUUCCUAGACGCCAGCUAAGAAAGGGGUUUCAAUUUUCGUAGAAUGAGCACGUAAUUCAAAACUGUAUGUUUUUCAAAAAAAUGUUGUGAUUUCAAAUUCAAGUUUCGUUUAUCACACACAUAUACGAGAAUUUAGAAUUAAUGAGAAAGUGGCCCGGAAUAAGGUUUAUGAUUUUUGUUCUUCUGUAUUUAUACUAAGUGACGUAUUUAUCAGUGAUGGCUCUUAAACUGUAGGCUUAUUAUUAAAUAACGAGUUGCUUAACCCAACUGUCCAGUUGAGAGUGCAUUUGGUAGUGCGUAUUUUGGGACUGCAUUUGGUAAGUGCAUUACAUAAUGGUGUUUCAUGUUUGAAAUUCAUGAACCAAUUACAUGCAUAAAUAGAUAGAUUGAAUAGCAUUCACUGCCCACCUAAAUCAGGGGGAUCUGUAACUUGUCAAAAAAUCUAAAUGGUUGAACAAAAAACUCACUUAAAAAAAACAUACUCUUCGUGAAAUCAGGUAAAAUAUUAUAUAAUUGGAUGCCAGAGCUUCUGAUGCAUAUUUUUCCAUUCAAAGUCGGGAGAAAAAUAACAAGCUACCUUCUUCAAGUUAUCAAUAUUGAAUGCCUCAUCGCUUGCAAUAGUUCACACGACAGCUGAUUUUUACCAAAUAACAUUGGGAUAUUAAUUACAUGCGUCAUUUCAUGCAAUUAAUAAUUCACUCGACAGCUGAUUUAUGAUGAAUAAUUCUAUAGUCUGAUUUUCACGGUAAUACUGGCGUUUGAAAGAGACUCUUUUUCCUUUUGUUUUAUCCUUGAAAUGCAAAAUUUCAAAAAACCUUGUACAUACGUUGACGCGCAAUUUAAAGAGUAACAUACCGGUUAUAUUUCAUUGAAAUCUAUUGCCGCGUUUCGCCGUAAAUGUGGAACAUAAAAAUAUUUGGACAUAAAGAGAAAUGCAAAGCCGUCGACUUGAAUCUUAGACCUCACUUCGCUCGGUCAAUGAAACUCUGGAUAUCUGAGUUCUUUUUAAAGUACAGUCGAACCUCUCUAUAACUAACCUCCACUUAACGAAAUCCUCUACACAACAAAUUUUUACCUGGUCUCAUGACAUUUUAGAGCUUUGGCUGCUUAUUUACCUCUUUUCAACGAAUUUUGGACCUCUCAACAACAAAGUUUUCUCUUGACUUCAACAUACAAAGUGUAGUGUGUAUUGGAAGCAGACGGUUAUUUUCAAGUAAUUGUUUAGUUUCAGCAGAAAGGUUAAUAUACUGAAAAUAAUGGCAAUUCAGGUAGGAAGAAGAUAUGGUGGUAGACAGUUAAUAGAGGGUGAAACACAUGUCGGAAAUUGAAUGCAAGUUACUGGAUAUUGAAUUCCAAGAACUUGUCAUUAUUGUAGACCAGGCAGGUGAACGACUGGACUUUCCCAUUCUUGCUUUUGUCACACAUUCACAAUUCUUUGAACUGACUAUGAUGAUGAUGAUGAUGAUGAUGAUGAUGAUGAUGAUGAUGAUGAUGAUGAUGAUGAUGAUGAUGAUGAUGAUGAUGACUGUGACGAACCUGAGGAGAAGAAUCCGUCAGAUCAAGAAUUGCUAGAGGCUUUCAAAAUUAUCAGGCUAGGAUUAAAACUGAAAAAUAGUGUACCAGACAUGCCUUACUGUUUGAAUAGAUGUGAGUCGUUUAUCGAACAUGAUUUUUUCAUUUACUCCGAAAAUUACUCAUUGUUUCAAAUAUGAAACAUUAAAAAAUAGGAAAGUUGAUAUUUAUAGUGGAGUUAUUGACAAAAUAACCGUAUUUUGCGUUCCAUCUAAUAGUAGUGUAAAGAGUUGAGAGAUAUUGCUACAGAGUAUGUACUUUGAUUAAACUCCACUAAUAGUACAAAUCAAGCUUUCUUAAAAUAAAUUGACGAGUUUACUUAUUACAUUCUAUAAUUAUUCGAAAAACAUGUUUUUUUCAAACAGCAUGAAUUUUCAAAUUUCCAUAUUAAUAUUGGCCUAAUAAGUACCCUACCUACGUUCGCGAUGAUAUGCUCUAUGUACCAUAUUCAUUUAUUUACCGCCGUGAUACGAUAUUAUAAGAUCCAUAGGAUCGUGGCAGUUUUCUUGACAGAAGCUCUCAAUAGCGAAUACCUCUCUGCAGCGAAUUUUUUCUCGGGAUAAUCGACUUCGUUAUACAGAGGUUCGACUGUACUAUGCUAUUCUACUUGUUCUACUGAGCCAGUACCAUUUUGAUUUUUUUUCAUAGUACAUGGCACUAUUGAAAUUAACUGUUCUAUUGAUUUAUUCUAACUUUGUCUACAGAAUUGUGAAUUGUCUACAGAAUUGAAAUUAACUGUUCUAUUGAUUUAUUCUAACUUCGUCUACAUAAUUGUGAAACUGCAUAUGAGGAGUACUGUAUGUCUAUUUUUUUUGUUAUCCACGUCUGCAUCUAUUUUCAGUUUGAAGAACUGGAUAUCAAUCUUGAUUAUUCAAAUUUUUUAUUGUUCAACAUACUCACACAUUAUUUACAUACAUAUAAAAACAAAAUGAUACACAAUUUUUUUAGAACAAUAAUGCUCAAGGUAAAACCUGAGAGGGGAGAAAAAUCUAAAUUUUCACAUGAAAACGUCACUCGAGAAUAAUUAUGUCACCCGGCCUCACAACAGAGAGUCUUUUAGAGUCCUUGACUAAGAAUAGUUAAUCUCACAGUUGUACGGUCAGUGUCAGUGAGAUUUUCUGCACACACUUCAUUGUUACCAUAAUAUUCAGAUGAUGGUAUUUCCAGAUGAAAUGGAUCGGCGUGAAUACGCCGAAUGGAUCGACUCGUAUCAUUUGAGGAUGGUGAUAAUGAUGAGGAAACAUGAUUAUGUUAAAAGGAAUAGUCUCCAUCUCCAUUGUGUUCUUAGGGAUUUGCUUGUGAUCAUGUUUCUAUCAUUUUAUCAAUUCGAAGAUCAGCCUUCAAAAAUUUAGGUCAACUUAUACAUUUCAACUCACGUUGCUACACGUUUCAACUUAGCAAAAGGACAGAGGGAAUUAUUAUCAUUAUUCUCUAAAGCCCUGGAAAUAUCCCUGUUAUUGUUCUUGGUACCUUAUACAAAAGGGACUCCAUAAUACAAAAACGAAUCAGUCCUUGCCGGACAAAGCUAGAGUAAGAAGAAAAAGAAGAAGAAGAAGAAGAAGAAAAGAAGAAGAAGAAGAAGAAGAAGAAGAAGAAGAAGAAGAAGAAGAAGAAGAAGAAGAUGAACAAUAAUAAGAAGAAAAAAUAUAGAUAGGAGAAGAUUAUAACCGUUGAAUACACUAUUUUAUCUAUAACCACUCUUUUGACGAAUUGAGAACUUAUAAAUUACUGGUGGUUCUCCCAUACAGUAACAGUCAGGGGUGUAUUCAAAUACCAUUGGAUAAUAUCUUUCCAAUAUUUUUUCAUUCAUCUAGAAGUAUAUAAUCUGUUCUUUCUUACAUUGAUAUCACUUAUGUAUAAAUUACUGCAGUAUCAAAAUUAUUUGAUAUUGACUGAACAAUUAAAAGUCACAUUGAAAUGGUUAUUUUGGAGUUUGGUAGAAAUAAUACAUUUACAUGGAACUCAAUUUAUUCAUUAAAGGCAAUCUACAUAAUUCUAAUAGGUUCUGAUAAACCAUAAUGAUAAAAUAGGUGUUCAAUGAAUAAAUGAAGCCUAAGAACUUGAAAUAUAUUUCAAAUUAUUUAAGAUUAAAUUGAUUCUACCUCGGUGCUAGUCAGCUUUACAUCUGUACAUGUAUCAUUGUAUUGAAUUAUUGAAUAUUUGAUGAUUUUGGUAAAACGACAUUUUAAUCCUAAACUAGUAGUUCUAUGAACAGUAGACCUCGCGCAGUUAUAAAACACAGCCUCGUCUCAUACUGUCCAUAAGAGUAAAUCCUGUUUGUAUGUUGUGUCGGCAAGAUAUCGGUGUGAAAACGGCUAAUGGCUGUUGGGGCUAGUGUAUCAAAAAUAUGCUUACAUCAGAAGCUAAUCUCCUUCAACACACUGGCAACAGGUCAGCCCAAGUUGAAAGCAGAUUUCGAGAGAAAAUACUACCUAUGCGUUAUUGCAUGCAAUUAAAAAUCCACUCAACAGCUGAAUUAUUAUGGAUGAUUCUAUUCUGUUUUUUACUGUAAUAUUAGCGUUCGAAGGAGACUUUACCUAUUGUAUUAACCUUGAAAUGAAAAAUUUCCAAAAAAACCUUGUAUAUACGUCGAGGCACAAUUUAAAAAGAAAUAUACCUGUCAAAUUACAUGGUAAUCUAUUGCUGCGUUUCGCCGUAAUUGCUGAACAUACAAACAUAAAGAGGAAUGCAAAGCCGUCGACUUGAAUCUUAGAACUCACUUCGCUCGGUCAAUAAAUCGAAAUUUCAAGAAACCACAAAAAUCCUGGAUGAAAAGGGGAAUCAAAUGCUAUGUAAAUUUGAAUCUAAAUGUCUAGGAUACACUAAACAGUCCACUAAAUUCAUCAUUUUUUCUCCCACAGGAGAAACGUUUAAAGCUGGCAUCAAAUGAUGUCACCACAUUAUUUACAUAUGUAAAUUAUAUAUUUAUAUAUGUAUGUCACGUGGAUUGAAGGAGCGUUGUUUGUCACGUUGUUUGUUGAUUGAAGGAAGAUUCUAUUUUACUAUUUAAAUAAAUCAUAAUGUAAUUUACUUAUCCACUUCGAGAUUUACAUAGUGAUAAUAAGUAGGAAAUGAAAUGUAUAGCAAACACUUCAGUUGCUAUGAAGGCCUACUGUAUUGGAUUCUGUAGUGUCUUAUUUUUUACUAAAGUGAUGAAGUUCCAGAAAAUACUAUUAUUCAGCAUUGUUAUGUAUUAUUUUCAAUGUCAUUUUUUUCUCUUUCUUCACAAUAAUUUAAAAUUUGUUAUUUUUUUUAAAUAAGUAGAUAACUCAACUAUUGUUUAUUUUUAAUCAUAUUAUUUGUAUUAUUUUUUUGUAUUGUUAUAAUACUUGAUAGAGAGUUGAGUGUAAGAGAGGGUCGACUGCGCCCUAACUUCGCUCUCUAAGAAAAAUAAAGGCAGCCAUUCUAUUCUAUUCAUGUCACCAUAAUAUAUAUUGAAAAACAGAUGACAUCCAAUUUAUUAGAGGGAAUGGAAUGCCUUCAUCUUCAUGUGUAGGCAACACACCACACCAACCUUGUUCCUGUGAGACUGACCUUGUCUCUGUGACACUCCACUUGUUCGAAUGGGACUCAACCCCUCUUCUUGUUCCAGUUACACUACUUGUUCCAGUGAGACUGACCUUGUCUCUGUGAGACUCACCUUGUCUCUGUGAGACUCACCUUGUCUCUGUGGGAACUUGUUCCUAUGAGACUGCCAUUUAUAAAAAUACUUGUUCCUAUGAAACUUGUCUCUGUGACACUAAUAUCGUUCAAAAACACUACUUGUCUCUGUGAUAACUUGUCUCUGUGAUACGGACCCGGAUCAAAACUGUACAUUUGGAUAUAAUUAUUGAUUUGGAAAAUUUGAAACAGAAUAAGAAAAUAAUAUACAGUUACCCAAGAAGUCAAAUGCUUAAUGCACAUAGAAGUGGAGUAUGAGACGGACGUGGCGCGGAUUUUUGUCAUUUCCACGCCACUCUUACGUGAACAUAGAUGGUCGAGUGAGAACAGAUGUGGUGCCACAUCUACUUUGUAACAUCUUUUACAUAAGAGUGGAAAAGUGCGCGCCACGAUCUUGCCAUAACGCCACAGCAGCAAACAGGCGGAUGAAAAGUUGAAAGAAACACAUCCGUCUGCUCACAUCUGCAUGUGACAUCCGGCUGCUCACAUCUGCAUGUGACAUCCGUCUGCUCACAUCUGCAUGUGACAUCCGGCUGCUCACAUCUGCAUGCCGACGUUCGACAUUUUCUCCGUCUGUAUGUUGCUGUGUGCGUUCGACCAUACUUAGAAAUUCUUGCUUUUCUUCUGAGAGCUUGUCAUCUAAAGGUUAAGAAUGCCGAUCAAAGAGUUUCAGAUUCAAAGAACAAGUUCAACUGUCAUGGAAUGCAAUUCCCACAUAGUACGUUAGGUGGUAGGCCUACAUUAGACAAGGUGGUUGAUUAUUGUAAAAAUUCGAGCGAAAUUUUGAAAUUUGUUGAUCAAUAUUGCAAGAAUUCAAAUAUUCCUUUGGGAUUAAUGAAAAAGCACUUGAGAAAAGUAGAAACUAACCAUAAUUUUAUUUGAAAAAUGUUAAUUAUUGAGAACAUUAGAUAUCACUAGUCACUUAGGCUUUGGUAUCAGGCUAUCGUUUAUAGCCUGUACUAGCUCCGACAGUUUCCAUAGAGUAUUGAUAAAAUUUACUAAUCUUUGGUUGGGAAAGUAUCUCCUAUUCAUUCCGUCCGUAAAUUUCUCUCUUUCUUUAUUAAUGCAGUUCUAUGCUAUGCAUUAUUGCCUAACAAGAUCGAAAAAUUAUUCCAAAGUGUAUGAGCAUAUAGAUAUGGUCUAUAUUCGUCCAGAAAAUAUAAGAAUUAGACGAAAAUAUAUAGAACUGAUCAUCUCUCAGUUCCAAAAAUUUAUAAAAACGAUAACAAGCUUAAACAUAUUUGUAUCGACGAUGCAUUAAUUCUCACAAAAAUCAUUUAAUGUUACAUGGAUUAUAAAAAGCUUAUAAUUAGCUUUCCAUCAGACAAUUCAUUUAAUGAUAUGGCAUUAAUUUGACAUCAUUCCAUAUUAAAAAUCAAUUUCAAUUGUUGGGAAAUCUCAAACUGAACCUUCAAUAUUUAACGAGUUCAUUUUAAUAUAAUACGUUUUCUAUAUGAAACUCUGUCAUGGGAAAAUUUAUUUCAAAUAUAACUGUGAAUAAUCAUUGAAUUGCUCCACCCACAACUUGGGUGACAAUGUAGAGAAUAUUUCAAGGUACAAGUAUUAUUCUGCCAAUAAACAGAUUUUCACUGAUUUUUCUUAUAUAGCAUACGAUAUCAUUUACUUGACAUUUACCUGUGAUGAGGUUGUGGUUGUUUAUUGGAUGGAUUAUUUUACUUGAAAAAUGUAAACUUCAAAUACUGCCAUGUAGUAUUAAAAUUUAAUCAUAUAUUUCUCUUGCAUUUUCACCAUAUUAUUAGAUCACUAUUAUUGUCAAAUCUGAAAACGUUUUUACAUAGAACCUAUUGCUAGUCAGUCAACUUUGCUAUGUAAAUAAUCAUUUGCGCCAUACUUUCAUAAGAAUAUACUCUUUAGGUCAUGCAGAUUUUCUAGAAUCAAUGUUAAGUGCGAAAUUAAUUUAUAUUGAAUGAUAGUUGCCCAAGUGGUCUUAAAUCCUCAGCCUUUUUAUUCCUUCCAAAGCAAACGAACAUAAACUAUCAAGCUCUCUUGUAAACUUGUUGAUAUUGUUGUUAUAAUAAUAUAGAAAUCUUCAUCAAGUGAAGUCUGCCAUUAAUAGUAUACAUACAAGUAUUACGUGCUAAAUCUCAUAUUGAUCAACUAUCAAUAAGAUCAGAAACGAUAAGAAUAAUAGAAAAUAUAUUUUACAUGAGUGUUCAUAAGGCUUUGUUACUGUCGAAUGUACAGCACUUGUUUGUUAUUGUAUUUUAUUAGUUUCUGCGACGUUCUCACAUUAAAACUGUGAAUCUCUGAA